GAAUCGCUCGUUGAGUGAAGAGCUAGUGUUCUGUGGCUUGUGUUGUGGUCUGGCGAAGCGUCAGUAUUUUUGAGGAUGUCAUACGCGUACCUAUUCAAAUACAUUAUAAUUGGAGAUACAGGAGUGGGAAAGUCCUGCCUUCUGCUGCAAUUCACAGAUAAGCGCUUCCAGCCUGUACAUGACCUUACGAUUGGGGUUGAGUUUGGUGCCCGCAUGAUCACAAUUGAUGGAAAGCAGAUCAAGCUGCAAAUUUGGGAUACGGCUGGCCAAGAAGCAUUCCGUUCAAUCACCCGAUCCUACUACAGGGGAGCAGCUGGAGCUCUCCUUGUGUACGACAUCACACGAAGGGACACCUUCAACCAUCUGACAACCUGGUUGGAGGAUGCUCGCCAGCACUCCAACUCCAACAUGGUAAUCAUGCUCAUUGGGAACAAAAGUGACUUGGAAACUCGAAGGGAAGUGAAGAAAGAAGAGGGUGAGGCCUUUGCUCGUGAGCAUGGCCUUAUCUUCAUGGAGACUUCUGCCAAGACUGCAGCCAACGUAGAAGAGGCUUUCAUCAACACAGCCAAGGAAAUCUAUGAAAAGAUCCAGGAAGGUGUAUUUGACAUAAACAAUGAGGCCAAUGGCAUCAAGAUUGGUCCCCAGCAUUCGCCAACCAGUCCCAGCAUGCCGUCGAGUGGUGGUGGAGCCAGUGCCGGUGGUGGCUGCUGCUGAGCUGCAUGCAGCAUUAAUGAAAAACAGCUCACAGUGGGCGUUUUUUGUUUGGCAACACCGAUACACACGUACAUAUAUAUAAUGUAAUGGUACAUGUGUGCAUGUGUGUGUAAAUACACAAAAGAUAUCUAUGUACAUGUACUAUUCAGUCUCCAUGGGUGUAUACACAGCAUGCUGAAGAAAACAUUGGGAAGCUUGGGGAAGGGAUGUGAAAAGUAGAGAGAAUGUUAAGUAUUUCUCUGUUUUUCUUGCAGAUCCCAGCACUUUUUUCUUGCCUGGUUGGUUUGUGCUCUAACUUUGCACCUACUUUUAUUUUUGUGAAAAUUAUCACCUGCGAGCUCCUGUAUGAAUGUGCAGUCUCAGCGAAAAAAGUAUCUGCAGUUGGAGCGUCUCAUUUUCUUGUCUGCAAGAAAAAUGUGCAAUCCUGCAAAAAGAAAGCCAAAGUUUCAAAGGGGCAUGUGCAAAAUGGCUCAUUCUGUGUACACUUAUGCCUUGCUUUUCCAGGGUGCGUUUCCUAAUAGAAAAUGCUCAGCCUCUUCUCGUAUGCUGCUAUGCUAGUGCUGUUAAAAGAGCCUCGCACCGACAUUAUUUUCUUCUUUUUCGUGAAACACUUCAGUGUUGUUUGAUCUGAAUCACUAUAUUUUUGUGAUGCAGUACUAGUCAUAAACAUUCCCCACUCUGUACUAGUUUGUUGUGUGGCAUGGAAUUGGGACAAAAAAUGCUUCAGUGUUCAGCGUGCAGGCUUCAGCCUUUCAUGGUCCAUGAACUUCUCGUGAGCUGAUGUUUGAAGCACAAAAUUUUGUUGUCUUUGCUAUUUAUGCUUGCCAAGUGUACAUAUUGUUUUUCAAUGCAAAAAAUUCGAUAAAGGCUUGUGUGACUGUGCUGCAAGUGAGCUCUUUGAAGGUAGCUUGGGCGAUUGUGGCAGUGAGUUGGAAAAGCAAGUUUUUAUGAGAAGUGAGUGAUGUAUUGGUACUGGCAUUCUAUCCUGUGCUUAACCCUGUUAGCUGGCAUACUUGUCUGUUUGGAAUAAAUUGGUUUUAACCUAAGA